UUCUCAUCAGCAGAGCAGGGAUGGAAGUUGAGGGCAAAGAGGGUCCAACUUCAAUGGAUCUCCAUAAAAGAAUUAAAUAGAAUUUGUUCCUCCACUUUUCUUCUUGUGGGUUCUCUCCACUGACCACAGGAAGCUCAUCCACAGUACUCCACAACCAAUGUUAAAAUGGGAGGGAUUCUUCUUCCUCAUCUUGCCUUCAAAUGCUUAUAAGCUGCAGUCUGCAGAAGAAGGGUUCCCACUGAAUGAAGAAAGACACCUAAAGAGUAAGCCUAUGAUUCUUGUUAGACAUGAGAAAAUUUGCUUGGUGGCUCUGUUCAUGCUACAAAAAUCUUUCCUGCUUUGCAUAAUAGUAUUGUAUGCAUGUCUUGGAGUUCAUGAUACAUUGUGUUUAAGUUGUUUUGUCUCGGGAAAUGGAUAAGUGUGCUUGUCGUCCCAACUACCCAUCUCAUUGGCUGGAAAACAUAGAAGAAGAUGGCCCUGCAAGCUGGGUCUCUGUGAGAUGUGUCCCUCCUGAAACACCCACAGAAUCCAUGGAGUUUCUUUCUAGGUCAUGGAGCCUCUCUGCCAUGGAGCUCUCCAAAGCUCUUAAAAAAACAACUCUCCAAUCUUACGUCCUUGAUAGUGCUCCCUUGGCUUCCAAUGGUACAAAGUUGCAUAAUUCGGACCCUACUACAGCUUCAUUCUCAGCUGAGAGGACUUCGACAGAACUUAGUGACCUUUCCAAAGAAAGGGAGAUUUCUCCUGACGUUGGAUCCUACGAUAAAUUCAAAUUCAUUCAACAACUACCCACUCUACAACCACGUGGUAGUAGCCCUCCAAUUUCUCCAAGAGAGAGUGAGGAUACGAAGAAUUUACUUCAAGCACUCCAUUCAGACUUUCUCUCAAACCAACAAUUACUCAAAAAUGGGGUAUCAUAUUCGUAUCUACCCAUCAGUAUAUAUAAGAGCGCCAUGAGAGCAAAGACAGUGGGUAGAUGGUUGAAGGAUCAAAAGGAGAAGAGGAAGCAAGAAAUGCGAACUCAGAAUGCGCAGUUGCAUGCCGCUGUCUCUGUGGUUGGUGUUGCAUCUGCGGUUGCUGCACUAACUGCAGCAAGUGCUACAAUACCAGACACAUCGGCUUCCCUAAAUAACAUUGCUUCAAAGACAUCAGUAGCCAUAGCAUCAGCUGCAGCACUUGUAGCAUCUCAUUGUGUCGAUAUUGCUGAGGAACUGGGAGCAGAUCAUGAUCAGAUAUUAGCAGUGGUAGAAUCUGCUGUUAAUGUGAGGACCAGUGGCGAUAUCUUGACCCUCACCGCUGGAGCAGCCACCGCUUUGAGAGGAGCUGCAACUCUCAGAGCGAGACAGCAGAAGGGUAAUUGGAUCUCUGCACUUCCUCCAGUUGAGCAACAGCUUGGGGAUGACAAGGAAUUUGAAAUCUCAACGUCACUGCAUUUUGUUUACGGAGAGGGAGAGCUUCUAAAACGUAAUAGAAAAGGAGCUCUUCAUUGGAAGCAAGUCUCUUUCUACAUAAACUCAAAUUGGCAGGUGAUAGCUAAGAUGAAAAGCAAACACAUGGUUGGAACAUUCACUAAAAAGAAAAAGUGUUUGGUGACUGGUGUAUGUUGUGACAUCCCAGCAUGGCCCGAAAGAGAAAGGGAAGAAAAUGGAGAGCAGAGAGCUUACUUUGGGAUCAAAACAACUGACAGGUUAAUUGAAUUUGAAUGCAGAAAUAAGUGUGACAAACAGAUGUGGAUUGAUGGAAUACAGAGAAUGCUAGAUUCCAGCACCAAUAUGCUAAGUUAAGUAAGAAGUCAGGGAACUGGACAUGCUGGAAGACUAUUGACAAGAUUUCAACUUCACAACAGAUAAA